GACCUACCUAUAAAUUGAUGGAUGAUUGAAUGCAGUGCUUUAGACGUUAGAGGCAGACGAAUGGCGACUGAGUUUGCUUGGUCUUACCAUUCAUUGAAGAAAUUUGGGGCUAGGGUUCUGGGUUUCUCAUUGAUCUCCUUACAGAGGAAUCAACUGCUAUGGAUUCAUAUCUUGUUGUUCCUCUUCAAUAUCGCCUGUGCAGCCUCCGUUUCUUCUUCGGCUUCUCGACUCUCUUACAGCGAUCACUGUGAUUCGAUCGUACCCCAACCCACCACCAAUGGUCCUCAGCGAAUCUCCACCGCCGGAGUUCUCGAGUUGAGGAACGGAUUCUACACCGGUGGCGAUAAAAUUCUAGGGCAAAAUCCAUCCUCCCCUUUUAAUUUCCCGAAAGCUCUCUCCUUUCACAGCGGGCUUACAUAUGCAACCGAUACCGAAGGUGUCUACAAGAUCGACGGGAGUUUGACCUUCCAAGCCGUAAACAUGUACGCUUUUCUGGGGAACGAAACUCAUGGUAGAAAGCUCUAUGCACGGCUUCGGCCUCGUCCACCUCGUUUUCCUAUCCGGAGAGGUGGUGUGCGUUUCUCUCUUCGGGGCUUUUGGUCAGAGACUACUGGGAAACUUUGUAUGGUCGGAUCUGGUUCUGGUUACUCGAAAGAAGGUAACUUACUCGAUCUUUCGGCUGUUUUUAAGCUUAACUAUCCCAAGAAUUCGACCAUUGUAAGUAGUCUGGUUAGUGGAACCGUAGAGAGCUUGGAUUCGAUCGGUAGCUUGAAUUAUUUCGAACCAAUUUCCAUGCUGGCCUUCGCUGAGAAGAACUACGAGUAUUCAUUUACUUCAAAAGAAAAUGGAAUUGUAUGUCCAAGUGCGGAUGGUGAUCAGGAGAAUUCAUCCCUUGGUUUACAGCGGGGUAGAAGUGUUUGCAAGAAGCUCCAUAGGCUUGCUAAUGUGGUUAAAUUGGAGUAUGGAAGUGACUGUGAUCCUGGUAAGAAUUGUAGUCCCCUUCCUAGGAGUGUUGGGUUUUUGCCUGGCUUUAUGUCCUUCAACACGGCCCAGUGUUCAGAUGAGCAAAGGUUGCGAUUAUUAUUAGUGUUUUCUAAUACUAGCUAUUACGGGUAUAACCAUCUUUUAGAUCCCAACACCACUUUGGUUGCUGAAGGAACAUGGAAUGCAGAGAAUAAUCAACUGUGCAUUGUGGCCUGUCGGAUCUUGAAUCUUAACAGUUCUCUGGCUGAUGCUUCUGUUGGGGAUUGCUCAAUUAGGUUGACCUUGAGAUUCAAUGCAAUCUUGUCAAUUAGAAACAGGAGUCAUGUCCUAGGACAACUUUGGCAUAAUGGAACCAUGAAUAGUUCGGCUUAUUUUAAUAGGAUUAUGUUUAAGAGUUUUGAGAACAGAAUAGUGGGGAUUGCAGGUAUGAGAUAUGAAUACACAAAAACUGAAAGUGCAAGGAACAUGUGUACAAAGAACAAAGAUGUUAAGAGCAAAGGAAAGCAGUAUCCUGGUGGACAUUCGUAUGACAUGAGAUUUGACAUGUCUGUGAAAAAUACCCAAAGAAAAUUGGCAUGGGGUUAUUCAACCCCACUCUAUAUUGGUGAUCGGUUUUAUGACAGCUAUUCUGUUCCUUUCUCAACACCAGCAAACUCUGCAGUUGCAGUCAAUAAAACCAGUCAAGGCAGCCUACUGAAUGUCAGCUAUGUUAUAAGCUUCACAGCACCAUCUGAUUUCAAAUUGGAUGGUAGUCCUUCAACUGAUGCUAUAGAAAUUUCGGCUGAAGGGGUCUAUGAUACAAAGACUGGAAGCCUAUGUAUGGUGGGCUGCCGGUAUCUGGGCUCAAACCAUCAGAAAUUAACAAAAGAUGCUUCCUUGGACUGUGAACUUCUCAUCAAUGUCCAAUUCCCUUCAUUAAAUGCUAAGAGUGGAGGUUACAUCAAGGGAACCAUCAAAAGCACAAGGAGAUCAUCGGACCCUCUUUUCUUCAAACCUUUAGAGUUGUCUUCAACCUCCAUUGCUACAAAAGAAGCAGGGGAAUCCAUCUGGAGGAUGGAUCUGGAGAUCAGCAUGGUUUUGAUAUCUAAUACUUUUGCAUGUGUAUUUGUGGGAUUACAGUUGCUUUAUGUGAAAAGGAACCCUGAUGUGCUUCCACUUAUCUCCCUUGUGAUGCUUGUGGUUCUUACCCUGGGCCACAUGAUCCCUCUAGUACUAAACUUUGAGGCCUUAUUCUUGGCAAACCGCAACCGGCAAAAUGUACUGCUAGGAAGUGGUGGAUGGCUUGAAGUGAAUGAAGUGAUAGUAAGGGUAGUUACAAUGGUAGCUUUCCUAAUGCAAUUCCGUCUUCUCCAACUGACAUGGUCCUCAAGAUUGGUUGAUGGAAGCACAAAGGAAUUGUGGGUUGCUGAGAAGAGGGCUCUUUUUGUGUCACUACCAUUAUAUGUGGUUGGGGGGCUGAUUGCUUGGUUUGUGCAGUGGUGGAAGACUUUUUAUGAGGCUCCAGUAUCCCAUGCACGCUUUGUUGCUGAUUAUCAACGACAUUCUCUCUUGGGAGACCUGAGGUCUUAUGCUGGUUUGGUCCUAGAUGGUUUUCUACUCCCUCAGAUCCUGCUCAAUUUAUUCUGGAACUCAAGAGAAAAGGCUCUUGCACCAUCAUUUUAUGUUGGAACUACUGCUGUCCGUCUGUUACCACAUGCAUAUGAUCUUUAUAGGGCCCACAGAUAUGUACCCUACUUUGGUGUAUCAUACAUCUAUGCUAAUCCUGGUGCAGAUUUUUACUCCACUGCCUGGGAUGUCAUUAUCCCUUGUGGUGGUUUGCUGUUUGCCCUUCUCAUUUACUUGCAGCAGCAGUUUGGUGGUCGUUGCAUCCUUCCUUCAAGAUAUAGAAAACCUGCCUCUUAUGAGAAGGUACCUGUAGUUAGCGGUGAGUGAUUGUAAGGGUAACUUAACCUCCCCAGUUUUCUGUUGUUACUAGUUGUAGACUUCAUACCUGUGCAUAAAAGUAAUGGUGAAUAUAAGCAGUUAUAUAAUGCUGCAAGCGUAGGCAUUAAGUACAUACUUUUAUUGUUUUUGUAUUCUUCAAGAAAGUUUCAACUGAUGUUUUACUGUGUUUC